AGCGUCGUGGCUUCGACCGAUAAGAAGACAUCGAGAACACGGUGCGACUCCCAUCUUCCCGGGUGCGGGGUUCGGAAUGGGGGACGACAGGGUGAAGGAGGAGGCUCUCCGGAUGCUGGGACUCUUCCCAAUGCUUCCCAAAUUGGUCGUCUUCGAUCUCGAUUACACCCUCUGGCCUUUCUACUGUGAAUGCAGGUCGAAAAGGGAAAUGCCAUCUCUUUAUCCACAUGCUAAGGGCAUAUUGUAUGCUCUAAAGGAUAAAGGAAUAGAUGUUGCAAUUGCUUCUCGAUCACCAACUUCUGACAUAGCAAAAACAUUUCUUGAUAAGUUGGGUAUCCAGUCUAUGUUUGUAGCCAAGGAAAUAUUCUCCAGUUGGACUCAUAAGACCGAGCACUUACAGAGAAUUCAUCGCAGGACAGGCAUACCUUUCAAAUCAAUGCUCUUCUUUGAUGAUGAAGACAGGAAUAUUGAAGCAGUUUCCAAAAUGGGGGUAACAAGCAUUCUGGUGGAUGAUGGGGUAAAUCUUGAGGAGCUGAGGUCAGGACUCAGGAACUACGCAAGUAAUUCUGCCUCCAGCAACACUAAGCAAUCAGACUGAGGUCAGGCCUUCUUUGAAUGGCGGUGAUCUACUUAAUUGCAGCAGACAAAGUCUUCCAAGUUCGGGCUAUAUAUGUCCCGUUACUGCAUUCUUCGGUACCCAUAUUGCUGCUACAUGCAUACCUAAGACGAUUAUAAACAAUGAUAUCUUUUGCUUCGAUAAAGUGUAUUUUAAUGUGGAAGGCCACAUUUUAUAUAUAUACGUCUAUCUGUUCAACGACAGAA